AAAGCUACGACCAAGCCCCACUCAUCCCUGCCAUGCUGGCUGGCACCGAGUAUGAGCAAGGGUGUGGUGCAAAUAUGGGCCUCCCACAGUUCUUCCAAGGCACAUGGCUUACCCCUCUCCCAGUCCCUCGGGGAAGCCCCCCACCCACCAGCUCAGGCACCUCAAACGCCCCUCUACCCUAAAGCUGCACUGAACCAUCGGGUGCCCUCACUUUCCAUUUUCUCCCAAAUUUUAACAGCCGUUUAAAGAGAAGUAAACCUCUGGGCAAUGAGAAGCCAAGAUGACAGGAAUGACACUGACCCUGGGCUAGGAUGGGGACCUGGGGUGAGUGAGUGAGGAGCUGGGGAAGUCAUUUCCAGCCCUCCCCCUGCUUUAAACCUCAAGACCCCCCCCUGCCAACAGAGUCACUCUGACACCAGGGUGGAGUAUACUGGCAUCAUCUCAGCUCACUGCAACUUCCACCUCCCAGGUUUAAGCAAUUCUGCUUCAGCGUCCCGAGUAGCUGGUAUUGCACAUGCCACCAUACCCAGAUAAUUUUUGUAUUUUUAGUUAAAUGGGGUUUCACCAUGUUGGCCAGGCUGGUCUCGAUCUUCUGACUUCGUGAUCGGCCUCCCAACGUGGUGGGAUUACGGGCGUGAGUCACCGCCCAGCCAAGUUACCUUUUCUUUAGCACUGGUCAUCUUAUCAGUUUACUUUGCUUCCAGAUGCCUUCUGCACGUUGGCUGUCGGUGCAUCCUCAAUGCCCACCUGCAGCUCAGCCCACAGGCCCGUCCUGGGCAGGGUGCCAGGGUCUCACUGUACCCAGUGGCAAGGAGCCCUGCUCCUGGUGCCCCAGGCUUCCUGUUUUUUGCAUCAAACAGCCCCUUUGGAGAAUCUGAUGACAGGUUUGAAAGCUUUCCUGAGAGGCAGCCAGUUUGAGAGUCUGACAUUCCCCACUCCCACUGUGGGAGUCGGCCACAGUACAGGCAAAACGCAGAUCUUCCUCUAGAGAGAACAGAAGGCUUGGAGGAGAGACGCGGAGCCGUUGCAUGGAAUGGCUGGGAGCUGGAGGAGAGACGCGGAGCCGCCAACCUGGGAAACAGCUGGGAGCUGGGGAAGCUGCAGCCUCCCAAGCUUCCCUGCCAGGCUUCGGGCAGGGAGUUGUUCGCUCGCUGACAAACGCGUGGGCCGCGCUCUGGGGCCGUCAGUGCUAUUCCUGCCACAGUGUGGGAAGGCGCUGUGCUUCCAGGAGCAGUUUCCAGCCUGAUUUCAGGCAAAGCCACGCAGUCCCUGGUGCCCGGGAAGGUGCCGGCCUCCCCGCAGCUCCAGACGCCUGCAGUGCCUCUGGCACUGUGCGGCUGCAGAGCGGGAGCAGCUUUGCGGCCUGAGCUCUGUCACCUCAGCUCUCCGGGCCGCGGCUCCCACGUGAGAAAUGAGAACCCAUCGGGUGUCGCGUCUCCACCCGGGGCUUCCACCUCCAACGAGCCAUGUUCCAGGCUGCAGGAGGCGCCCAGGCCACCCCCUCUCAUGAAGCCAAAGGCAGCAGCAGCAGCACGGUGCAGCGCUCCAAGUCCUUCAGCCUGCGGGCCCAAGUGAAGGAGACAUGCGCCGCCUGUCAGAAGACAGUGUACCCCAUGGAGCGGCUGGUGGCCGACAAGCUCAUUUUCCACAACUCUUGCUUCUGCUGCAAGCACUGUCACACCAAGCUCAGCCUGGGCAGCUAUGCCGCGUUGCACGGGGAGUUCUACUGCAAACCCCACUUCCAGCAGCUGUUUAAGAGCAAAGGCAACUACGACGAGGGGUUUGGCCGCAAGCAGCACAAGGAACUCUGGUCCCGCAAGGAGGUGGACCCCGGCACCAAGACGUCCUGAGGCCCCUGCAACCUUCCACCCCCUCCGCCGGCAGGGGGAAGGUUGGGAAGGAGGUCGAGCUGGGCUUGCGUGGGGGCCAGGUGGGAAGGGGAUGAGGCUUACUCAGGUGGAGGGGCCCAGGGGCAGGGCUCUGCUCCAUGACUCCUUCCUUCCUUGUCCCGCAGUGGGUGAGGGUUUGGGAACCAGGAUUGGGGUCUGCCCACCACCCUGCUUCCUGCUUCUUUCAGCCGUCCUCCCCACCUCACCCCAGGACCCCCUAGGAGGCCCCCAUGCCCAGCUUCCCUAUCUAGGUGCCUUUUCUCCAGCAAGGAGUCAGCAUGCCCCGCUCAGGGUCUCAAGCUCCCUCACUGCCACUGGAGGCUGUGUGGCCCCCGAAUCUUCCCAUCUACCUCUACCCUUAACCUGGUUCUGAGCCACGGAGGAGACAGAGAGGAAGGAGCACAACAGUGCUACCUGUUGGGCCUCAUACUGCACCUGCAGCCCACAGGGGAGGGGAUGAGGAAGUGGAGCCACCCUCCCUCAUCAGGGCAAGUGGGACUUGGGACCAUCUCGCACCACCAGCAUGGAGAAGCGGAUGCUAAAGCAUUCACAAGGCUGCAGCCUCAGGCACUGGCAGGGGCUGGUGCGGCCCCGCUCCCCUCCCACUCCCCCAUUUCUGCCUACCCUGUUUUGACCAACCACGUUUUAAACAUGUUUCAACAGAUCUGGAUUCUCUA